AUGAACAGACAAUUAUCGCAACAAGAAUGCCUUGCUGAGUUACUGUCUGUUUUCGGCAACGAAGCGCCACAUCAGGCGACAAUUUCCCAUUGGCAUGGAGAAUUCAAACGUGGACGGGUGAGUCUUAGCGACGAACAUAGGGUGGGUGCACCAAAAACGGCAGUGACCCAGAAAAACGUCGAUGCUGUGCGCAAACUCAUCAUUGAAGAUAGACAUGUGACAUAUCGCGAGAUUGAGGCGUUCUUAAAAUUAGUUUCUCGUUGGAUACCCCACCUGUUGACUGAAGAGCAGAAAGCAGCCAGGGUUAAUUGGUGUCAAAAAACGCUUGACCUUUUCAAUUCCGGAAACUCAAAAAAUGUGUACAGCAUUGUUAGUGGUGAUGAAUCGUGGAUUUACUGUGAAGAAAAGCCAACAAAAGUCAUCCGUUCUCGAAGUGAUUCGAAAAAGAUGGUCGCGAUAUUUGUGUCAAAAGCGGGUCAUAUUGCAAUAAUUCCUCGUAAUGAGCAAAGAACUGUUACUACGGAAUGGUAUACCACCAUUUAUUUGCCAAAAGUCAUCACCGAGCUUCGAAAAAUCAACCCCGAAAGAAGAAUCAUCCUCCACCAAGACAAUGCAAGCUCGCACACAGCCCAAAAAACAACGGAAGAAAACGUGGAAUUAUUGGACCAUCCUCCUUAUAGUCCCGAUCUAAGUCAUAACGAUUUCUUUACUUUCCCGAAAAUUGAAAACAGGCUGCGUGGUCAAAGGUUCCAGUCAUCAGAAGAAUCAGUUGACGCAUUCAAAAAUGCCGUUUUGGAUCUGCCAGCAAACGAGUCGUAUAAGUGCUUCGAAAAUUGGUUCGAGUGCAUGCAGAUCCUCACAAUCCCAGAUCACUAA